GCAUUCAGUCGCGCUCAAAGAGUCGCAGAGAAAGUGAUUGCUACUCCGUGGAUUUAUUAGACAUAGUCACCCCCUUGUUCCUUUAAGCACAAAACACAUACUCUCUUAAGUUAAGAUGUUCAAGUUGAUUGUGAUUUCUGCCGUUGUGGCUUCAACUCUGGCUGGUGUCAUUCAUGAUGAUUAUGGACACGGUGGCGGAGGCGGAGGUGGAUCCAGUGAGACUGAUCAUCAUCAUGAAGUUGAACACAAACAUGCCACAUCUCAUCAGAGCUUCAAAGUGCAUCACUUCCAUCCAGUUCCUGUUUAUGUGAAGAAGGAGGAUCAGCAUCUCCUUAAGCAUCCAGUUGAAGUGUCUGGAGUCAAGCACAAGCUCAAGGUCCUACACCCUGAGACUCAACAUUCCCACGGACACGGUCUGACCCUCGAGAAUCACAGCGAGUUCGAAGACCAUCAUCUGGGACAUUUGGGAGGAGGCGGAGGAGGAGGAGGAGGUGGUGACUUCCACGGAUACGGACAUGAGGCUUCUGCCAGCUUCUCUGGCGGCCACGAAGGCUUCGGAGGAGGCCAUGAGAGCUUCGGAGGAGGCCACGAAAGCUUCGGGGGCGGCCAUGAAAGCUACAGCGGCGGCCACGAAAGCUUUGGUGGCGGCGACGCUGGCGGCCACGGAGAUUUUGGCGGCCACGAAAGCUUCGGUGGUGAAUACCACGAUAUCAACGUUGGUCAUCAGCAUCACAAGUAACUCCUCAGCCUUCACGCCAAAACAUCCUCAUCUCUGUCAUCUUUGUAGAAGAGAAGUGAUCACUUUGUGGAAAUAAAGCGACUGCUAAAUUAUCAA